AUGUUUCUGGUGUCCUGUGUACUGUAUAGUUCAACAAUUCGGGACAAAAUCAUCAACAAUAAGGAUUUGGAGGACUUGCAGUUCUUUAGUCCUGUUAGCUACAUUGUAUACAAGCAUCGUAUGCUGAGAUUGAAGUAUUCCGAGUCUAGAAAAAAUCUGGAAGCAAAGUACUUGAAACUUUAUAAACCUUUAUACGCGAAGAGAUAUCAGAUUGUUAACGAUAUAUGUAAAGUUGAAGUGAAAGCUAAAGCUGCAAUGGACCAAGGAGAUAAAGCCACCAAAGUGAAGGAAAUCCCUAACUUUUGGCUUUCUGCAAUGAAGAAUCAUAAAUUACUUGCUCAGGAGAUCACAGAGCGCGAUGAAGAGGCACUUAAGUAUCUGAAAGAUAUCAAGUGGUUUAAGAUAGAUGGAGGAUGUUUCAAGUUGGAGUUCGUUUUUCAGCAGCCUAAUCCUUAUUUUGAAAAUGAUGUGCUGACCAAAUCAUAUCAGGAGAAAACAACUGGGUGUGUCAUCAAAUGGCAUCAUGGAAAAGACUUGACACAUAAACUUCUGGAGGGAAUGUCGAAGAAUUCCGAGCGCAUGAUCAAAUCUUGUGAAAGCUUCUUCAACUUCUUUAACCCUCCCAAGUUCCGUCCUCACGAUGAUGUUCAUGAUUAUGAUGAACAUCCCGAUUAUUAUGAUGAAUAUAUUGAUUGUCAUGAUGAAUAUCUAGUUGAGGAAGUCAAAAGUAGACUGAAUUACGACUACUAUAUCGGUAAAAUAUUUCGAGACAAAAUAAUUCCUCAUGCAGUAUCUUGGUUCACACGCGAGGCUCUUGAAGAAGGAGGUGAGUUUGAAGACUUGCAAGAUGAGGAUGAUGAGGAUGUGGAGUUUUACUAGAACAUGUGAAAGCCAGAUUGCAAACAUGUCACGUACGUAUUUUUGAAAUGAUGGAUAUUUUUUUGUAUUGAACUUGAUCAAAAUCCGUCUCCAUUUCUGUCGCUGAAUCUUUCGGCUAGAUUCACCCAAUUAAUUUAUGAUCACUAAGACC